AUGGCAAUCAAAUCCGCUGGGGAGGACAUUGCUUUCCGGCCACCGGUGACGCCUUUCACUUUGCUACACUACGCAGCUCCGGAUGGUGGUAGGAGGACGACAUACGAGCGUGAGGUUUCCACCUGCGAAGCAGUUGGUGAUCAAGCCAAAAGUCGAGCGUACCUGAAGAUGGACAGGCUUCCCCGAGAGUUCCUGGCACAGGAAGCCAUCGCCACAGGAAGUGCCAAGGUCCGAGCUUCCCAACCGGAUGCCCCGGUCCACAUGGAUCCCAAGAUCAAGCGUCUCAUGCGAGAGAUCGCCAUCUCGGAAGGGCACAGGCAAGAGGUAGUCAUGGACCCGGCCUUCGUGAACGACAUCAGGAGGAAGCACAAGAUAGACCAUUUCACCUCCAUCUUGACGGACCCGCGUCUUCCAACUGACGAUUGCAGCACAUAUUCGCUUCAGCAUCAGUAUGAGGGCCACCUGGCGGACAGGGUGGACAAGAAACACUUCCUCCAGAAGAACACUUACUCGGAGUAUGUCGAAGCACUGGGCAAGCAGAAGGGCUUGAUGAUGGACAAGAACAAAGGCGCCUGA